UAUGAUAUGAUUGUUAUGUUAUGAUAUGUGUCACGUGUCGAUCCUGGUUUUAUUCUGAACGUUAUUUUAAAUGUGAACCAAAAGAACGGAACAUAAACAAACGACGAGUUUGACGUCACAUCCGUUCAGGAAGUCGCAGGCGAGCGGCGCGCGUGUUCCAGCUCCAAGGUUGAGUCCGGCCGCGGAGCUCGGAUCAUGUCUCAGCUGGUCCAGGUGUUUGUCCGCCGGCUGCUGUGGAGGACUCUGUCCCGCCGGGUCUCCGCUGCGGCACCGGGACCGGGACCGGGACCGGGAACAGGUCGAGGUCUGAUCCGGCAGCUCAGCAGCAGAGACCGAGGCAGAGUCCGGAUCUGCACCGUGGACCCGAACCUGGAGGAACAGUUCGUGUUUGUGGACUGUACAGAUCCUGAGGGGGACCCCCAUCAGGAGGAGAGAGACCUGCUCCACCAGCUGAGUGUGGCCGCCCCCCCCCCCCCUGUCCCCCCUCAGAACCACCUGAGGUCUCUGGAGCAUCAGCUGCAGGUGUUGAGGGGCGGGGCCCAGCGGGAGGCGGACCCGGACUCUGGGAUCCAGUUCCGGGACGUGGACUUCCCUCUGGACGAAAACCUUGUGGCUGCAAAUACCCAGAAGAAGAAGAAGAAGAAGAAGAAGGCGGCAGAUAAAGGUGAGCACCGGGUCGUCGGGACUCCGGACCUGGACGAGCCAGUCAGCGACACCGACUGCUCGGGCUGCGGCGCCGUGCUGCACUGCGCCGCCGUCCAGGUGCCAGGUUACCUGCCCAGUGAGAAGUACAAAGUUCUGCUGCAGGACGGGCGACUGAGGGGGGCCACCUGCCAACGCUGCCACCUGCUCACCCACCACCACAAGGCCCUGAACCUGCAGGUGUCCAGGGACCAGUACCGGGCCGUGGUGGAGCAGAUCCGCCCCCACUGGGCCCUGGUGCUGCUCGUCGUCGACCUGCUUGACCUCCCCGAUUCCAUCGUCCCCGCCCUGCCCGAGCUGGUAGGCACCAACAAACACGUGGUCGUCCUCGGCAACAAGAUCGACCUGCUGCCCGGCGACUCGCCCGGCUACCUGCGGCGCAUCAAGCUCCAGCUGGCCCAGUACUGCCAGGAGGCGGGCUUCGGGGGCCAGGUCACCGAAGUCCACCUCGUCAGCGCCAAGACCGGCUACGGUGUCGAGACCCUGAUCUCCAGCCUACAGAAGUCCUGGAAGUACCAAGGUGACGUUUACCUGGUGGGCAGUGCCAACGCCGGGAAGUCGACUCUCUUCAACACGCUGCUGGAGUCCGACUACUGCAAGUCCAAGGCCUCGGAUCUGGUCCACAGGGCCACGAUCUCUCCCUGGCCCGGGACGACUCUGAACCUGCUGAAGUUUCCCAUCAUCAACCCGACGCCGCAGCGGAUGUUCAGACGCCAGGAGCGCCUGAAGGAAGCACAGCGACAGAUGGGGGACGAGCUGUUGCAGGACGAGCUGUCGCAGGACGAGCAGCGGAGACUGAGACGCCUCAGCAGGGAGGCUUACCUCGUGGGUCGUGUUGGCAGAACGUUCCGGGUUGACGUCCGGUCAGGACCGGAUGAGAUCCAGUUUGAUCCCGACUGUUUGGCUUUUGGGGAACAUGAGGACGGAGUGGCGCCAGUGACCGGGGUAAGCAGGACGCCAGAGGAGUUCACCUACAACGAGCUGAAGGACGCUCAGUGGCUGUACGACACCCCGGGGAUCAUGAAGGAGGACGACAUCCUCAGCCUGUUGAAUGAACGGGAAGUGAUGUCAGUGGUUCCCACUCAGGCCAUCGUCCCGCGGACAUUUGUGCUGAAGCCCGGUACCAGUCUGUUUGUGGGGGGCGUGGCCAGGAUCGACUUCCUGCAGGGUCAGAGGUCCUGCUGGUUCUCUGUCAUGGCCUCGAGUCGAGUCCCGGUUCACAUUAGCAGCCUGGACAAAGCUCAGAGUGUUUAUGAGAAGCACGCGGGACACGUCCUGCUGGGGGUGCCCAUGGGCGGGUCGGAGCGUAUGAAGGAGUUUCCGCCGUUGGUUCCUCAGGAGUUCAGGUUGGAGGGUCGAGGUCACCUGGAGGCCGCGGCCGAUAUCAAGCUGUCGUCUGCAGGUUGGGUGGCGGUGACUGCAGUGGAAGGUGACGAGGUGUUGCUGAGGGUUCACGGUCCUGGGUCGGCAGGUUUCAGUCUCAGGACGCCGCCGCUACUUCCUCACGUCGUCUCUCUGAAAGGAGAACGCAUCAGGAAGUCCGCCGCCUACAAACCCAUAAAACCAGCGGCGCUGAAGGACAGAGGAACGGCGAGGCUGCAGGGGAAGAGGAAGUGAACCUGAGGGACGAAAGGUGGACUCCGCCUCCGUCACACAGAUGGUAACAUCUGUUCACGUGAUGAAAACACCAGAGACGUCUCUGAUCUGUUGAACCUGUGAUUGUGAGUCAUGUGACACUGUUCACAGAUGAAACUUAUUCUUUUGACUGAUUCAUGAAAACUGAUAAUGAAGCUUCCUGUGAAAACA